UCCAACUUUUGGCCGCUCAUCAUCCUCUCAUCUCAUAUCAUGCCCUUAUGAUGCACCCCAGACUGUAACCAUACAAAUGAAAACACCAAAUGCAAGUAUAUACAUAAGCUCCCUCUGCCAACUCCCUCUGAUCUUGGCUGCUGACUAUCUAAAAUGGCAAGCCAUGCAGCUCUUGCUUCUUCCAGGAUCCCCUCCUCCUCCAUCAAGCUCCACCAACCCAAGACCCCUACCAGAGUUCAGAGGCUCGAGUUCUCCGAGUUCUCUGGACUCCGAAGCGUUUCCUUGGCGUCGAAUGCGAGAGAAUCCUCCUUCUCUGAUGUUGUGACUGCUCAAUUAUCUACCAAGGUUGCAGCAGCCAAACCCAUUAGAGGUGAGACCGUUGCGAAGCUGAAGGUAGCAAUCAAUGGAUUUGGUCGCAUUGGACGAAACUUCCUCAGAUGUUGGCAUGGAAGGAAGGACUCCCCUCUCGACGUCGUCGUUGUCAAUGACAGCGGAGGUGUCAAGAAUGCAUCUCACCUUCUGAAAUAUGACUCGAUGCUUGGCACGUUCAAAGCAGACGUGAAGAUCGUUGACAAUGAGACGAUCAGCGUUGACGGAAAACACAUCAAGGUUGUGGCAAACCGUGAUCCGUUGAAGCUUCCAUGGGCUGAAAUGGGGAUCGACAUUGUUAUUGAGGGGACCGGAGUGUUUGUGGAUGGUCCAGGUGCAGGAAAGCACAUCCAAGCCGGAGCCAAGAAGGUUAUCAUCACAGCUCCGGCCAAGGGUGCCGAUAUUCCAACGUAUGUUGUGGGAGUAAACGAAGGGGAUUACUCCGACGAAGUCGCAAACAUCAUAAGCAAUGCAUCGUGCACAACAAACUGUCUGGCUCCCUUUGUGAAAGUGUUGGAUGAAGAGUUUGGGAUUGUGAAGGGAACCAUGACUACUACUCAUUCUUACACAGGAGAUCAGAGACUGUUGGACGCAUCACACCGUGACUUGAGGCGAGCGAGAGCAGCAGCCCUCAACAUAGUCCCCACCAGCACCGGCGCAGCCAAGGCCGUCUCCCUCGUCCUCCCGCAACUAAAGGGCAAGCUCAACGGCAUCGCCCUCCGAGUCCCGACCCCCAACGUCUCCAUCGUCGACCUCGUCAUCAACGUCGCCAAGAAAGGCAUCACCGCCGAGGACGUCAAUGCAGCCUUCAGAAAGGCGGCCGAUGGCCCGCUGAAGGGGAUAUUGGCCGUUUGUGACGUGCCGCUGGUGUCGGUGGAUUUCAGGUGCACUGAUGUUUCGUCGACGAUCGACUCGUCGUUGACGAUGGUGAUGGGGGAUGAUAUGGUGAAGGUGGUGGCUUGGUAUGAUAAUGAGUGGGGUUACAGCCAAAGAGUGGUUGAUUUGGCACAUUUGGUGGCAAACAAAUGGCCCGGUGCUGCUGCAUCAGGAAGCGGAGACCCGCUUGAAGACUUCUGCAAAACAAACCCAGAGACCGAGGAAUGCAAAGUUUAUGAAGCAUAAAUUUAAUUCUAUUUAUCACUUCAUAUAUAUAUGUGUAGAUCAUAUCUUACAUGUUUUGAAUUAUUCGAGCGUUCAUCAAAAGGAGACGGUCAUUUUGAAUUGAAAGGUGAAGGGGAAAAUAAUGUUUGUAAACAAUGAGGUUGUUUGAAAAUAUGCCAUUUGAUGAGCUUACUAAGCUUGGUUUUGUACUGGUAUAAUAAAUCAAACUCUAGAAAUGUAAUAUUGAAUCCGUCCCUUUCAACUA